GCUUUUAUCAGAAUAAUAAAUAUCGAAAAAAAAAAUAAAAAAAACAUUUUUGAUACUCAAUUUUCCUGGAUUUUCCACCUAGACUCGUAGGUUCCCACCCCAGACCAUCAAGAUUGUCUCCCGACGCCGUCUGAAAGAUUUUCUCAGGAUGACCUUAGUGGGACUAGCAGCCCGCAAGCUGGCGGAGAAACAAAGAACCGAUAAAAUCAAUGCCGCCUUUCCCAAUGGCAUUCGAUGCCAAAAGUGCCUGCAAAUGGGCCACUGGAGCUAUGAGUGCAAAGAAAAGCGCAAGUAUGUCCAUCGCAGCUCACGCACCAAGAAGUUGAACCAACACAUUGCCCAGAAGGAAGCUGAGACGCCUAAACCAACGGAGGUAGUACACGAAACCAGCUCCACCACUAGCAAGAAGACUAAGAGAAAACGCAAGGCUAGCAGAAGCUCCUCCUCCUCCUCCAGCUCGUCAGACGGUUCGGAUAGUAGCUCCGGUUCAGGGUCGUCCUCUGACUCUGACUCCAGCGAUUCCAGUUCCUCAUCAGAUGAUGAUGACGACCAAGGCAGCUCAUCGGGAUCGAGUAGCAGUAACUCCAGCUCGGAUAGUGACAGCAGUGAGGAGCAGGAGGUGCCCCAGAAGAAGAAAAAACGUGCCGAGAGUUCGGCUGAGUCCUCGGAUCAAGAAUAAUAAAUAGUUUCAUUUGGUCCAGUAGCACAUACUAGCUUUAGUAGUUUAGAUAUUUUUUCUUCAUCCGAAUAUAUUUUACUAAUUCUUUUAAUUAUAUUUUGUAAUUAUACAUAAUUGUGUGGAAUAAAGUUAUAAUCAGUCCGAGUCUA